AUCCCGCGAGGGUUUCACCAUGGAGACGAAGAGAAAGGGGAGAAGAAGAUGCCGUGCCUAAAUCUCUUCACCAACGUAAGGUUGGAGGAGGUCGAUACCUCCACCGUCCUCUCCGAGACGACGAAGGCCAUUUCCGACAUCAUCGGCAAGCCCGAAACGUAUGUAAUGGUUGUGCUUAAGGGAUCUAUACCCAUUUCGUUUGGUGGAACACAGCAGCCAGCUGCUUAUGGUGAAUUAGUUUCCAUUGGAGGGCUGAAUUCUGAUGUGAAUAAGAAACUAAGCGCGGGAAUUGCUGACAUUUUAGAGAAUAACAUGUCCAUUCCAAAGUCCCGUUUCUUUUUGAAGUUUUAUGACUCAAAGGCAAAUCAAGCACAAGAAUAUGCUCAGUGUUUGCAUGCCUUGCAUCAACAAUAAAUCUCGGUUUUUAUAGUCCUUACCCAAACUCUGUGUCAUAACAUUAUAUGCUUUCAAAUGAUUGAUUACAUUUCUACAAUUGAUGCAGUGUUCUCAGACUUUGUAUGUACUAUUAUUAAUGUUCCAAUUAAAUCUAUCACUCUCAGCUUCAGUUCGUGGUGUUCUUGUUUAUGGUUAUGCGUAAAAUAUUUUGGUGCAUUUUGUUCCAGAGAAUGCAAAGAAAGACCUAUUGUGUCUCAUUCGUGAAUCAUUUGAUGUAUUACUUUCUUUUUUUCUCAUGAGACAGUGAUGCAGAUGGAUAAGUACCUACUAGUCGUUACUCACAAGUUGAUUCUAGUCGAUUUGUAGAUUUGAUUUGUCCUGGAGACUAAAGAUUUGCCAUUAGAUUCGGUGAUGGAUUUUUCCUCAUUCUAGAUGCAUAUUAUUUGCAUAUGAUUCUGUUUAAGACAAUUUGAAGCAGUGGAUUAAUGCAAUCUUUCUGUGUAAUAUUCUAUUGAUGAUAUUCCAGUGACAUGGAAGAACUCACAAGGAAGAUAUCCCGCUUAGAUUGAGCUUCAGCAUCGAGUUGGACCGGCUCACCCCUUCAAGUGCAUUCCAAUACUCCUCCGACCCGGCUUCCAACUCCACCUCAGACACUUCACUGCUUCUGGCUGUCCUAAAGCUUGUGCAGGAUAUGUCGGAUGAUGCUGUGCUCAAGCUCCUGCUUCGUCUCGUUGACUUGUUGGAUGCUGAUGUUGGAGGAGGAACCUUAAGGAACACGCAUACCACAGUGCAGUCGUCGACCUUUGAAGUUGGGUGCUUGAUUCGCCAUGCACGAACUGCCUUCUCAAUCACCAGCUUAGGUGCGUCAGAUCUCUUGCUGGCAGAUGAUACUAUUUUGAUCACUUCCUUGUUUGGUAGCACAUCCCAGACCUGAAGAAGGAAAUCUGAGGGGUGGAGAUGAGCCCAAAAUCCUUGAGGCAGAAGUCACCAAAAGCUCUUGCCAUGGCGAGGCCCGGGCAGUCCUCAUCAGGCAGCCAAAGCCUGUGCACAUCAGGUUCUUCCUGCAGCGCAAAAAUUCUUCCUCUGCAAUGCCUGAUCCUCUCUGCUUCACCUGCUCACCACAACAUCCCAUGCAAACACAUCACUAUACUAAUGAUCAAAAUUAAUGAAAAUUUAUGCUAAUAUUAAGAUAUCAUAGUUUAAUCUAUAGAGUUAGAUAAAAUAGUUAUUGUUAUCAACUCUCACUUGGUAUGUUUGGUUUCUGAUCAACUGUGAGUUGGACAGGAACUAUAUGGUUCUUGUUGUCCCUGGUGCAGAUUACUGCUCUAGAAUCUCCCAAGUUAGCAAUCACCAAGUGCUCUCUCUGAAACCAAACUGUGGAUCCACUGCAGAUGCAAUCGAUCAUUGGGUGGGCAUGUAGCUCUUUGUCCAUUUCUUCAAAGGCGUUCACAAAAAUGGCUUUCCAUUUGGGAAACCAUGUCUCGGUGUCGAGGUUGGAGUCGUCGUUCAUCAACCGCUUCAGUUGGGAUUGCAGCUUGGAGGGCAGCGUGUCGCGGACGUGCCGGGAGACCUUGUGCCCAUACGGGCCGUGGCCAUCGAACGUGCCAGAGAAGAUAGUGUCUUUGUCGCCGGCAAAACCCUGUGGAGUUUGAAGAAAAAUGAGCUAAUGGACAGAUCACAGGUAUGAAUCAGGAUUCUUUCACUAAUUCAAUCGGUUCAAUUUGGUCUCGGUCAGUUUGUCGGUUAACUGAUGAUUGAACUGGUCGAAUCCAAUGUUAGAAACAAUAUUUCUUUCGAUUUUAACAAUGCAAGCGAUUCAACUCAUUUUAGAAA